AGGGGAGCGAGCGAGCCUGGAAUUGGUGCCGUGCGCGAAGGAGGCACAAAGAAGCGGGGUUGCUGGAGACGGGCGGCCUCGGGCUGCGUUUCCCCCACUCCGUCCUGAAUGGAAGCCCCGCUCGGCCGAGCAACCUCGGGUCUCCGCCGCUUUCAAACCGGGCGGGCAGAGCGGACCCGCGUUCAGUUUGGGCUCCAGGGACUGACACUCUGCUGCGGGUGGCGGCGCUGAAAGGAAGAAGUUGUUGAGCAUCCUUCGCCUCGAAUCUCGCUGCCGUGGCCCGACGGGAGGCGAUGCUGCAAGCCACCGCCACCGCCGCCUCGAGUGCUCCCUUGCCGGUCCAAGGCUCCCCGGAGCCCAAACAGCCUUCCCGCCUGUGAAGAGAAGCCGAGGGGGAAAGGCGUCGGGCGAGCGAUUCUGGAGCUCUCACCGGGUUCAUCGACGCGCUGCUGCUGUCGCCGCCGCUGCCGCCUGAGGCGGCGGCAUUCGAAUCUGGCGUGGUGGAAAAUCUUUGCCCCCCCCGCCCGCGGCCGGCACCCGUGUAAGCAGCAGCUUUUGCUUGGUGGAUGCGUAUGAAUGAGUUCUGCACCGAAUGGGCGCAAAAAGCGCCCCAGGUCCACCGGCUCGAUCUUCCAAAUCGGCAAAACGUCGCUGCACGGCAGAGACUGCGAAGGCCGAGACAGCGGCAGCACCGAGGGCGCCCCUAAGACCCAGAGACUAGCCCUGGAUGACUGCAAGAUGCUUGUCCAGGACUUCAACACCCAGGUGGCUCUGUAUCGGGAAUUGGUCAUUUCCAUUGGGGAUGUCUCAGUCAGUUGCCCAUCGUUACAUGCUGAAAUGCACAGAACACGUACCAAAGGAUGUGAGACCGCCUAUCAGGCACACCAAAAGCUAUCUGCAAUCUCUGGGCCAGAAGAUGGUGAAAUUCAUCCUGAAAUCUGUAGACUAUAUAUCCAGUUGCAGUGUUGCUUAGAAAUGUACACCACAGAGAUGCUGAAAUCCAUAUGCCUUCUUGGAUCACUUCAACUUCAUCGGAAAGGGACAGAGACCUGUGCAGCACCCAAGAGCCUUGACAGUAAGCUAGAGGAGAGUUCAGAAGCUCCUAUUUUGGAAGAAACAUCAUCUUCACCAGUAGAAAUACAACAACAUUUAUGGCAGGUUUCCACAGAUAUUGAAAACACCGAGAGGGAUAUGAGAGAAAUGAAAAACCUUUUAAGUAAACUCAGGGAGACUAUGCCUUUACCAUUGAAAAAUCAAGAUGAUAGCAGCCUGCUAAACUUGACUCCUUAUCCAUUAGUGCGAAGACGGAAGAGAAGAUUCUUUGGAUUGUGCUGUCUUGUCUCCAGUUAAAUGAUCCAUUUCAGAGGAGUAUAGAUGACUGCAGCCAAUACAAAAUGUCCUUUAUUGGGAUCAGUUAAAAUGAUCUAAGUCAGUGUUUCUCAACGUCAGAAAUUUUAAGUUGGGUGUACUUCAACUCAAUUGGCUGGGGGAAUUCUGGAAAUUGAAACCCACCCAUCUUAAAGUCUCUGAGGUUGAGAAGCCCUGUUCUAAAAUGACCAUGUGCGUUUUCUACAUGCCCCUUGUUAUAUUUCUUCCCUCCUUUUCAAAGAGUUUGUUGCUGAAAGGAACCAAAUUCAGAAACCCAAUUGAACACUAUUAAGAAUAUUUUUAAACUUUUUUUUGAUGGCAUAUAGCAUGUCUACUUUAAAUCAUUUUGUGAUUAGAUGCAAAUAUGAUUAUUAACCAACACAUGCAAAUUUUUUAUUUAGUGUACAAGCCACAACCAAUUAUGUACAGUGCAACAGUAUGACUGUAGCUCUUGCUAGUAUGAUGUUAUGAACAUUUGAACAUAUUCUAUUAAGCAAUUUUAAUCCAUAGAAAACUGUUUAGAAGAGCAAAAUUGUGCUUAAAUUCUAAAAUGCUAAAAUAAACAGAGCCAAUAUUGUACGAGAACAAACACACUCUAUUGCUUUUUGUGCUCUCAUUCAUAUUUAGUCUUCCACUCUAUAACACAACUUAUACAAGAUCUUCAUAGUACAAUUUUUUAAUUUCUAAUACAUAAGCAACAUAACAUUGAUAUGUUGUUCCUGUAAAUAUGAGAUAAUAUCUACAUAUUGUAUAAUGCAUAGGAAUAGCUAUUUUACUUUUUUUAAAUAAAAAAUCUGAACAUGUUUAUGUUACAACCUUAAGUAGAAAAUUUAAAAGAUGGUGUGGGAAA